CCACCCUGGCCGGGGGCUCCUGGCAGGGGUCGGAGGGCUGUGGCAGCCCCUGGGGGCGGGGGGUGGGGGUGGCUGCAGGGCCACUCCAGGACCUCCGGGAGUGACAUGUGUGUGGCAGCCGCGUCACCGCCCAUACGGGUUUCUCUGGCGGAUGAAUCACCGGUGGCCCCGGCCAGCUGGGAGCAGAAUCGGUGGCCCCGGCCCCUCCAGCCCCCACUGGGCACCGGCCGAGCUGGGUGAGGGUGUGAUGAAAUCCCCGCCUGGGUUUCGACACCGGCCGUGCCAUGAGCCGCUGCUGGAGCGGCAGCGUUGGCCCUUCUGGAGAGGCCGGUGGAGCCAGCGCCACCUCGGCCAUGAAAUGGAAACAAACAACCAUUUUAACUUCACUGGCCUUUCCUCUGCACCCGCUGCCUCAGGACCGAAACCCACGCCUGCCUCAGGGGACAGCCCCUUCGCCCACGGCUCCCCGCUCGGCUUCCCCCCGCAAGGGAAAAGUCUGAACGGGGGCAUGAAUGUCCAUGGCUUCUCUACUGUAUCUCACCCCAGUACUUCAGGGACCUUCACCCCCAGCUCACCGCCCGCUGGCACACAGCCCCUCCGCGCCUACGACUGCCUCUGGGACUACGCGCCGUACCCACCCGCCGGUGGCCUCAAGGACGGCAGCCCCCCCGGCCCCCCCCCCUCUCCGCUCGGACAGUUCCCGCUCAAUGGUGUCACCGGAGGGUCCCGGCCGGCAUCCCCGGGGCACGGCACUAACCUGAGAGGGGCUGGGCAGGAGUUCUGGGGCAACGGCACCCCCGGCCCCAUGGGGCUGAACUUCGACUCGCAGGAGCUGUACGACUCCUUCCAUGACCAGAGCUUCGAGCUGAUACAGAACGGGCCGGCUGGCUUCUACACGGCCACCCAGCCGUCCCCCAUGCUGGGCUCCGGCACCCAGCCCUUCUCGCUGCCGCCGGGUCCCCCGGAGGAGCCGGUCACCGGCGAGAGAGACGUCGAUGCCGCAGCCAAAGAGAUCCCCGCUGCCAUCGCAGAGAACGGGGGUGGGCUGGUGGGCAGCAUGGAGCUGGAGGAGGCGCAGCCAGACUUGAAGAUCUGCAGCUACAACGGGUCUGCCCCUGGUGCGGUGCCGCUCGGGCAGGAGGGGCCUGUCCUGGCCCCUGGCGCCAGCAUGGGGGACACGUCGCCCAUCGCCCCGCGGCUGGAGGAUGCCCACAUCCUCAGCGAAGACCCCCUGGAGCCCUUCGAGUCCCUGGCCAGAGACCCCGGCACCGGCGACCUCUACGCGAUGGACGACUCGCAGCUGGUGAGCGACAAGUCCCCCCUGGAGGAGCCCCCCGACCUGGCCGGCCUGCGCUGCACCGCCAGCCCCCCCCUCCACGCCGCCGGCCCCUUCAGCCUGCUGCCCGCCAGCCCCCCGCCUGCCCCGCUGCUCACCGCGCCCGGCUCGCCGCCCACCCUGCACGACAGCAGCGUCGACCUGAACAGCAGCGGCCACGCGGCGCUGGAGGACUCGGGGUCCCUGGAGCUCAACCCUCCGCUGGAGCCUGAGUCCCCGGCCCCCUCUGCAGAGGAGGAGGAGGAGGAGGAAGAAACCGCCGACAGCUGUCCGGAGACUACUUCGGUGGCCGCACCAGAAGGAGGGAGCGAGGAGACCGCCCCACUGAGCACCUCGGCAGCAGGUGAUGUCCCCCGCCGGCGCAUCGCCACGCAGGAGGAGGUGCGCUUUCCCCUGCAGCACGGGUGGAGGCGGGAGGUGCGGAUCAAGAAGGGGAACCAUCGCUGGCAGGGUGAGACCUGGUACUACGGGCCCUGUGGGAAGAGGAUGAAGCAGUUCCCGGAGGUGAUCAAGUAUCUGAGCAGGAACGUGGUGCAGGAUGUCCGACGCGAGCACUUCAGCUUCAGCCCCCGCAUGCCGGUGGGAGACUUCUACGAGGAGCGGGACACGCCAGAGGGUCUGCAGUGGGUGCAGCUGAGCCCCGAGGAGAUCCCCUCGCGCAUCCAGGCCAUCACGGGCAAGCGCGGGCGGCCCCGCAAUGCCGAGAAGGCCAAGCCCAAGGAGCCGCCGGCUGCGAAACGCGGUCGGGGCCGGCCCCCCAAGGUCAAGAUGGUCGACUUGCUGAGCAAGACAGACGCACGGCUGCUGAAGAGGCUGGAAGCCCAAGAGGUGCUCAGCGACGAGGACAAGCUGAAAAUGAGCAAAAUCAAGAAGAAAAUGAGGCGGAAGGCCAAGAACAAGCAGAAGCAGGAGGCCAAAGCCCCCAGAGCGAAGGAGGCCAAGAAGAAGUCCAAGGCCAAGGAGAAGAAGGGCAAACCGGAGAAGGGCAAGGACAAAGCGCGGCCCAAGGAGAAGAAGGGCAAAGGGGCUCGCAAGGCGGACAAGGGGCUGCUGGCCCAGCGGCGCCUGGAGGAACGGCGGCGGCAGCAGCUCAUCCUGGAGGAGAUGAAGAAGCCCACGGAGGACAUGUGCCUGGGGGAUCACCAGCCCCUGCCAGCCUUCUCCCGCAUCCCGGGCCUCAUCCUGCCCAGCCGCGCCUUCUCCAACUGCCUGACAGUGGUGGAGUUCCUGCAGAGCUACGGCAAGGUCCUGGGUUUCGACCCGGCCAAGGACGUGCCCAGCCUGUGCGCGCUGCAGGAGGGGCUGCUGGGGGUGGGCGACAGCGCGGGGGAGGUGCAGGACCUGCUGGUGCGGCUGCUGCAGGCUGCGCUCUACGACCCCGGCCUGCCACCGUACUGCCAGUCCCUGAAGAUCCUGGGGGAAAAGGUGUCGGAGAUCAGCCUGAACCGCGACACCGUCUCCGAGAUCCUGCGCUGCUUCCUGACGGCGUACGGGGCGGGCGAGGACCUGUGCGACGGGCUGCGGACCAAGCCCUUCCAGGCGCUGCCUCCGGAGAAGAAAGCCGCCAUCCUGGCCUUCCUGGUGAACGAGCUGAACAGCAGCGCUCUCAUCAUCAAUGAGAUCGACAAGACCCUGGAGAACAUGUCCAACUAGAAGAACAAGUGGAUCAUCGAGGGCCGGCUGCGCAGGUUGAAGGUGGCCCUGGCCAAGAAGACGGGCCGUCCGGAGUCAGAGAUCACGGGCCUCGAGGACGGACGUCGCCGACGCAGCUCCCGCCUGACAGAGGAGACGGGCCUGGAGAUGGAGGAGGAGGAGGAGACCCGCGGGCGGAAAUCCCGCAGGGAGGAGGAGGCCGAAACAUCCGCAUCCAGCAUCCCGGAGCUUGAGAGGCAGAUUGAGAAGCUGGCCAAGAGGCAGAUGUUCUUCCGCAAGAAGCUGCUCCAUUCCUCGCAGACGCUGCGGGCGGCUUCUCUGGGCCAGGACCGGUACCGGCGGCGGUACUGGGUCCUGCCCCACCUGGGCGGCAUCUUCGUGGAGGGCGCAGAGGCGGCUGAGCCGGCACCCCCAGGAGCCCCCGGAGGAGAAGGCAUCCCCCCCGUCCCCCCAGUGAAGGAGGAGCCGGUGGAUGUGCCCAUUCCCAGCCGGACGAACUGCACGGCCUCACGCUCCCCGUGGCCGGCCCCGAAAGAGCAAAGAGGAGCUGCUGCAGCACUGCGGACCCAGGCCCCACCCCGGUCAACGGGGUCCUGGAGGAGCCGGUGCCCCUGGGGGCAGAGCCAGCACGACCUCAGCCAGUCCGCCUUCCUCUCCUGGCUGAGCCAGACGCAGUCGUCCCUGCUCAAGGACUCCGUCCUCACGCCGGACAGCAGCCCCGGCCAGGGGGACGUGGGGGGGCUCCCGCCGCUCGAGGCCCCGUUGGACCCCGCGGAGGAGAGGAGGGAGGAGGAGAGUGCCCCAGAGGCCGCGGGAAAGCGGGGGCCCUGGUUUAACCUGCUGCCCCGGCUGCCCUGCGAUGACCGAGCCCCCCUCGCUACCUCCUCCACCGAGCCCUCGCCGCGAGCCGCCGUGCAGCCCCGCAGCCAGCCCCGCGGCGAGCUGCCCAGGGGCUUGGCCAGGCAGCUGAACGGCCUCCCCACGGACGACCCCGUGGCUCCCCUGCUCGCUUCCACACCGGUGCACGCUGGCGCCAGGCCCAGUGCCUGCCCCAGGAGCCGGGGAAGCCUGGAGAAGCCCCAGGACCUGCCGGGGCAGCCCAAGCGUCGAGGGCGACCCCCUACCAAAUUCUUCAAGCAGAUAGAACAGAAGUACUUGACCCAGCUGACAGAGCAGCCUGUUCCCCCUGAGAUGCAGAGCGGCUGGUGGAGGCUGCAGGACCCCGAGGAGCUGGAGGCCGUGGCUCGGGCGCUGCACCCGCGGGGCAUCCGGGAGAAGGCGCUGCACAAGCACCUCACCAAGCACAAGGAGUUCCUGCGCGAGGUCUGCCUGCGCACCACCACCGACCCCAUCUUCCACCCGCGCCCCGAGGCGGCGGUGCCCGCCGUGUCUCAGGAAGCCCUGGCCCGGUGGUCGGUGAUGGACAGAGCCUACGAGACCGACCUCUCCGUCCUGCAGUGGGUGGAGGAGCUGGAGCAGCGCGUGCUGAUGGCCGACCUGCAGAUCCGGGGCUGGACGUGCCCCAGCCCCGACUCGACGCGGGACGACCUGCAGUACUGCGAGCACAAAGUGGAGCCCUUGGAGGACAUCACUGUCCGGAGCCGGCGGGACGGGCUGCCGCUGUGCCGGGAGCGCACCAACCCGCUGGACCUGGCGGUGCUGCGGUUGGCGGCGCUGGAGCAGAACGUGGAGCGGCGCUACCUGAAGGAGCCGCUUUGGCCCCUGCACGAGGUGGUGGUGGAAAAAGCGGUGCUGAGCGGCCCCGAGGAGCUGAGCCUGGGCCCCACUGAGAUAGCCUACGAGAUCACCCCGCGGGUGCGGACGUGGCGGCAGACGCUGGAGCGGUGCCGCAGCGCAGCCCAGGUCUCCCUCUGCAUCUACCAGCUGGAGAAGUCCAUCGCCUGGGAGAAAUCUGUCAACAGGGUGACCUGCCUGGUGUGCCGGCGCGGGGACGACGACGAGCACCUGCUGCUGUGUGAUGGCGCGACCGCAGGCUGCCACCUCUACUGCCACCGGCCCAAGAUGACGGAGGUGCCCGAGGGCGACUGGUUCUGUUCCGUCUGCGUCUCCCAGGCAGGGGAGUACCGGGACCCCGUCUCACCCCGGCGAGGGAAGAAACGGAAACGGGGGCGUCUCUUCUCGGGGGGCCUCGCAGAGGAGGAGGAGAGCCUACGGCGCCGGCCGGCCUCCACGCCGCCGAGGGGCUGCCCGUACCCCCGCUACGCGGGCGAGGGGCUGUCCCCAGCCAAGCGGAGGGGCGCGACACUGCGGGGCCAGCCCAGCGACCUGACCUUCUGCGAGAUCAUCCUGAUGGAGAUGAGAUCGCACGAGGAUGCGUGGCCCUUCUGGAGCCCGUCAACCCCCGCCUGGUCCCCGGCUUACCGCAAGAUCAUCAAGAACCCCAUGGACUUCGCCACUAUGCGCACGCGGCUGCUCCGGGGCGGGUACUCGAGCUCGGAGGAGUUUGCGGCCGACGCCACGUUGGUGUUCGACAACUGCCGGACCUUCAACGAGGACGACUCGGCGGUGGGCCGCGGGCACGCCAUGCGCCGCUUCUUCCAGAGCCGGUGGGAAGAGUUUUUAUCAGGGAAAACACGCUACUAACCCGUGAGCGGGGGAGGGGCCGACCCCCUCCCCCCCACCCCCAACCCCAUCUCCCCCCCUGCCGGGGCUGGGGGUCCCCCCCGCGCCCCCAAGAACUGACUCCUCUGGAGCUGAUCUCGCUGCCUGCUGAUCCCGCG